GGCAUGCGCUAUCCCGUGAAUAUGGCUGCGGAGUCGAUGGCGGCCUGGCUGCAGGCGGGGCUGGCGCAGGCCCUGCGGCUCAAGUACAUGGACCACCUGCGGUUGACCGCGCCGGGUGCCAUCGACGAUGCCAAGAAGAAGGCGCACCACCCCAUGUUCGCCCUGCAACAGGACCCCAUCCUGUGGCGCGGUUGCAUCAGUGAACACUUUCCGGAGUUCGACAUGUGGUUGGAGGGACAGCUCGCGGAGUGGCAGGCACGCAGCAGCGGCAGCGGCAGCAGCAGUGGGCAGCUUCAGUAGCGGCAAUGCCGGUUGUGGGUGGGUAAGGCAGCAGGUGGAUGGUAGGGGCGGCGUGUGACGGUCUGUUAGAUGUGCGGGCGCCCGGCAUGCGGCCUGGUGCAUCCGCCCUUUGCAUGGGGUGUUAGGAGGUGCCCUUGGGACCCGUGGGAUGGGAAGGGAAAAGAAGAAUCACAAGUUGUUGAAUGAGGCUAGCACGACACGCCAACGAGCUCCUGGUGAC